CAACCCACAACUGUACUCAGAUUAGAAAAGGUGUGUUCUAAUUAAUGGGAGUGCUGCCGACUCCCUCCUCAGUGGCAACGGUGCCUGCGUAGAUUAUACAUGUAACGUGGAGGAGGAGGACACUUUCCCUGCCGGCUGGAACAAAAGGAUUAUUAAAGCAGUCGCGUAUCACCCUGGGGAUUAUUUACGGGAGAAACUUUACUUUCUUCCUAUGUUAAUAGCUGGGAUAAGGAGGUCAACAUGAGAAAGACAUCGAACACAGGAAUUUCAAGGACCUCCAGUGGGAGACUCCGAAGAUUUGGUGACCCAACAAGUCCAACUCUAAAGAGAUCCUUUGAGGUUGAAGAGGUAGACCAGCCACCGAAUUCUUCUACUCCACAAAGAAGGACACCCAACCCUCUUGUUCGGUCCACAGUGUCCAGCUCCACACAGAAAUUCCAGGAGCUUGGUACCAGGAAUUCGGAGACUCCUUCCAGACAUGUGGAUUCUCCUGCACAAAGGUCUCCCAAAUCCUCUCUGAGGAGAGUUGAUCUCUCUGGACCAAAACAUCCUGAGACCGUGUCCAGAAGAACAGAAAUCUCCAUUGAUAUCUCAUCAAAGCAAGUGGAGAACUCCACUUCAGGACCAUCAAGAUUUGGCCUCAAGAGAGCAGAUGUGUUGGGGCACAAGCCCCCUGAGACCGCUCCCAGAAGGACUGAGAUCAAUAUAGGUAAGCCCCAGGACCAAGCUCUUCGCAGAAUGGAAGUCCCCUCAAAGAUACCUGAACCAACACAGCGCAAAAUUGAAGCUGCUAGCCCACCUGUGCCUGAUGUUGCCACCAAACGGGUGGAGAUCCAGGUAGCAAAAUCUUCAGAGGUUCCAGUACCACCAGUCAGGCAGAGUGAAAAUGUGGAGCUUUUCCCGACCAAUCAGAAUCUACCACCAGAACCAAAGCUACAGCUGGCAGUGACUGAAAUUCCACCCAAAAGCCAAGAAGCAGGUCCAGAGGCCGCUCCCAGCUACCCAAGCAGCAUGAUGGAUGCCACUCGAGAUCCUGGCCUCAAGCAAGCCCCACCAACACGGACGGAGAAACCGGCUGCUGACUUUGCCUAUGUUGGCAUAGAUGCUAUCCUUGAGCAGAUGCGGAGAAAAGCCAUGAAGCAAGGGUUUGAGUUUAACAUCAUGGUGGUUGGUCAGAGUGGUUUGGGAAAAUCCACUCUAAUCAACACCCUCUUCAAAUCCAAAAUCAGCCGUAAAUCUGUGCAGCCAUGUCCUGAAGAACGCAUCCCCAAGACCAUUGAAAUCAAGUCUAUCACACAUGAUAUCGAGGAAAAGGGAGUUCACAUGAAGCUGACUGUUAUUGACACCCCAGGAUUUGGAGACCACAUCAACAAUGAGAAUUGUUGGCAACCCAUUAUGAAGUUCAUCAAUGACCAAUAUGAGAAGUACCUCCAAGAAGAGCUCAAUAUUAACCGGAAGAAGCGGAUACCAGACAGCAGAGUCCACUGCUGUAUAUAUUUCAUCCCUGCCACCGGCCACUCCCUCCGACCACUGGACAUUGAAUUCAUGAGACGCCUGAGCAAAGUGGUCAACAUUGUGCCUGUCAUCGCCAAGGCGGACACGUUAACGCUGGAGGAGAGGGACUACUUCAAACAAAGGAUCACAGCAGAUCUCCUUGCCAAUGGCAUUGAUGUGUAUCCCCAGAAACAGUUCGAUGAAGACUCUGAAGACCGACUAAUAAAUGAGAAGUUCAGAGAAAUGAUUCCAUUUGCUGUGGUGGGCAGUGACCAGGAAUACCAGAUUAAUGGAAGGCGAAUUCUGGGAAGGAAAACCAAGUGGGGCACAAUUGAAGUUGAGAAUACGACGCACUGUGAGUUUGCUUACUUGCGGGAUCUUCUGAUCAGGACACACAUGCAAAACAUCAAGGACAUUACCAGCAGCAUCCAUUUUGAAGCCUACAGAGUCAAACGCUUGAAUGAAGGCCAGAAUGUGCUCUCCAAUGGUGUGGCUGACAAAGAGGAGUUGGUGGCCAAUGAAAUGUAACACUCCCAAGCCUGAGCUAGGACCUCAUUUACUCUCUUCCUCUCCCCACUCCUGCUUACUCUCUUUUAAAAAAAAAAUCAUAUAAGCCUUCUGCUGGGAUUCCACUGUUCUUUUCUCCUUUCUGCCAGUGAUACAUACGCUGCUGAUGUUAACUGACCAAAUAACAGUACUUUCUCUAGUAAAUGUAGUCUCUCUUUUCCAGUCUCUGUGGUGUGAAACAUCUAAUAUGUUCUUCUCUUUAGGGUGUAGUAACAGACCAGUAGGGAAAAAUGAGAUUGCAGCUAAUGUCAACAGGAAAAGCUUUUCUUGGUUCCAUGUUUAACGUUGGUUGCAGCCAUCUUAGCAUAGAUCCUCCACUGUGAUAGGCCAGUGCCCCCUUUUCUUGGAACUUAGUGGAGGCACUGCCAUUGAUCGUAGCAAUCCCUGGCUCUUGAGGCCCAGAUGAGCCCUGCUAGAAAGCAGAAGUUGAUAUUUUCCCUGUCGGUUAAUCUGGAAUGGAAUUGUACUUUCAUAGACAUCAUAGAUUCGUGUUGUGCCAUAUAGUAUGGGGCAUGGCUGCAUUCAAGAGCAAGGGGGAUGCCUCACAUUCCUUAUCCCGUCCAAGCAGCCUCACCCACUCCAGAAGAGCAGCAUCCGGGCAAUCCUGAAAGGGUGAGGUCGGUCUGGACAUGGCAGCUUUCUUUAGCAACUUUAUUCAUACAGGCCUGGUGAGAGGCUCAGAUGGAUGCUAGGCAUGUUGUACCACAGCAUCUUCCUCGUUGCAUAGAAGGAAAAGGAGAGACUUAGAGACAAGCCCAUUUCUGCCUUCUUUGUUUCUGUGGUUCAGGUCUAUGGAAAACUUCCGGAGCCACUCAAAUUACCUUGUGCCAAAGGUUUACUCGUUUGUAAACCAGGGGUGGGGGUCGUUUUUGUUUGUUUGUAAUUUGUGUAAGUGUAUCUCUCUCACUCUGUGUGUAUCUAACUCCAUCCAUUACAGGUGAAGAUUUUUAUGACUAGUUACGGCUUUUAAAGUGAGAGUAAAGUGAUCAAGAGAUGAAUUAUGACCACGUGGCACAAUUCUGCUCCGCACGAGGCAUCUCUUACUCUCACUCAUCUUAUCUCUAUCCCCUUUCCUAUAAAAAGCCAGCAAUAAUAGGGAGCCACUUUGCUCACUAGAAAAGUGAAGUGGCCUACUGUGGAGUAAGUGUGUCAACUCUAAUAAGGACAAGCUGUUCUUAGCAAGUGCAGAUCAUCUUGAAUCCCAGAAGGCAUCCCUCUUCUUCAUCAUCAUCAUCAUCACAAUCUCCCUAUCUUUCAGGGUUGGAGUCCCAAAUCCUGCUGCCUUCCUAAACAUGCAUAUGUUCGUUGUACACACACACUCGAUUCAGGCUUCUGUUCAAAUGCUUGGUGUAUGCCUGCCUAUUAUAGAUGCUCAAACCGUUUCUGCAAUGCCAAUGUAAAAGAGCCCAAUUCUUAGCAUUGUUGGCUAACCUUCUCCAUUAUCUUCUCCAAGAGGCUAGAGAAGCUCUUGGGGGUCUGGAUAGUCUUAACUUAUUGCAAUGUGCAAUUUCUGUGUGUAACCCUUCGAACUGUGGCUAAAGCUCCCCAGGUGUGCAUAUGUAGACAUGCUAUACAUCUUGUUCAUCUCUAUGUGAAAAGCCAUACUUCAUGAAAAUCAGAGUCCAGGAUCUUGCACCCAUUCUGCAAUGUUCAGCUCUUGGUCACAGAUCCAGAGUCCUCAUUGAGAGUGCCUUCUGAUGAAGCCAGAAGCUGCACGGGUGCAAUUUCUCCAUAACACUGGAAUGGGGAAAAUCCUGCGUUUGCUAAAUGUUAACCUGAAUCAGAGAGACAGAAGCCCUGUCUGAGAAUGGCCAUCUAAUCUAGAAAACCAAUAUAUAAUCAGUUUUCACUUUUUGGGGGUGUGUGGGGAGUCUUAGUAGUCAGCUUUAUAGAACUGUCUCUUUUUAUGCCAUAUGCUGGUAUGCUCAUCACAGCUCCUUUUUGAAAGCAGAAAACUCUGCCCAGACUGCCCUCUUGUGGAGCCCUCAAAAAAAGGAAGGGCGUGCUGACUCUUGGCUUUCAUAAAAGGCGAACCUUCCAAUUCCAUCCUGCUCAUUCAGGCACCAAUGUGACCCACGCUCAGCAGGCAAACCUUAGGGGAAUGCUUCACACCUUGACACACCACAGUAAGAUGCCAGCAGAUGGCCACUUCCUCUUGCAGGUGUUCAUAGUACAAGCAUGCAAUCUGAUCUUCACCCAAGACUUCCUGUGACCUUAUCUGCUGCUUCCAUCCUGCCCAGAAGUGCUUUUCUUUCCUAAAUCCAACUUGUCAGGCAUUUUGUUUUCUUUGGCAAUACAGGCCCCUGAUGAAUAAACUUUCAAAUAUUCUUUGCUCAGAGGCUCUCCUUCAUUUUGUGCUGCAAGUAAACCUAAACUGCCCUUUUAACUUCCAUGUUGUCCCUCCAAAACUAAGAACAAAAAUGGUGGAAACUUAACUGAGCUGUGUUAAGCUGAGGAAAAUUAUUUUUUUUACUUGCUGACUUGCUAUAUUUUAGCAAAAUAAAAAUUGUGUAUUAACUAAAAUAUAUAUAUUUCAAGUGUUUAAGACUAUGAAAUGGAGAAUGUCAUUUCCCCCCCUAGAUACACUUUAGCAAAAAUAAAAAUGCAUCAUAUCUUGUUUGCCAAUAUCUCAGCCAGCAAAAGCAAGACAAAAAUGGCUUUCUCCUUUUAUAUUGUACUUGGGGCGGGGUGGGUGGGGGUGCUGAAUAAAACCAAAAAAAUUCAUCCAAAUCUAUAAAAACGGCCUUUUUGAGGAUUGUAUGCAUUAUGACAAAUUUAGUCCUGUUUUGUAUAAAUAAUAGUGUUUAAUAUGUAUUUCCCAAAAAUAAAUG